AUGACUGUCGAGAACCCAACAGAUGUCUUGCAUACUAUCAAUCUCGUCACACAAUGUCUCUGUAUUCCAAUCGUGACUAUUUUCGUCAUAUUGCGAUUCUAUACCCGGUUACGAUUCAAGCAAGGUCUAGGAGUUGAAGAUCUUGCCUGUACGAUUGCCUGGCUUCUGUUUAUGGGAUAUUGUGCAAUAUCCAUCGUCAUCGGUGAACAUGGCGGAGGAUACCCCUUUAACGAGCUCGACGCUAAAGAGCAAAUCGCAUUCAAAAAGUUCUGCUACAUUGCCACCAUUCUCUACUGUCCGAUGGCGCUCUUCGUCAAAAUCGCCCUCCUAGCAAUUCUCACCCGCAUCUUCGCUCCCUUCCGCGGCAAAGUCUGGUUCAUCUAUAUCUUCCUUGGCUGCUUAUGCUUCUACUACACCGUCGCUCUGAUCGUCAAGAUUCGCAUAUGUGCCCCCAUCCCCAGAUACUGGCUCGGCGACCAGGUGGAAGGAAGCUGCCUGGACCAGACCGCUGCCCUCAUCGCCGACUCCGUGAUUAGUGUCGUCAGUGACCUCAUCAUCCUUAUUCUCCCAUUACCAUUGACAUGGUCUUUGCAAAUGUCGCGCAAUAAAAAGCUUCGCGUGAUUGGCCUGCUUAGCGCUGGUGGACUGGCCACCGGGUUCAGUCUUUACCGAUUGGUCAUGGUGUUACAAGGUUCAAGCGAUGCGGGCCUUAUGUUCAUCCGUGUCAUCUUAUCCGGUAAUGCCGAGGGAGGUGUUGGAUUGAUCUGCGCCUGUCUACCUGUCCUGAACGUCAUGUUGGCCCAUUACAAGAAGAACUACUCGUCGCAGAAGUACUACCAGAACGGUGGCUCUUCGCAUCCGUUGAGUGAUAGGAAAUCGGCCCCGGCUUCCAAUGUUGCUACUGAAUGGGACAAGGUGACCAACUUUGGUGACCAGAGCCAUCUGAUUUCAUUUGCCGGUCCACCGGAGGCUGGCGAGUCUGGCGGCGAGUCUAUCUACAACCAGGACGGCAUCAGGAAGACGGUGGCUGUAUCACAGACCGUGGAAACAUCCUAA